AUCAUCAGAGGAACCUCACGUCUUCGUGUAUUGGCAAUUAUGGAGAACCAACCCUCGCCGCUAGCGAUCCAAAAGACGAUCUGGGACGGCCGCAUACCACUGGAGAUCGUCCUGGCACCCUCAGAGAGCCGCAGCUACGAUAAAACAGACUCAUACUUUAUAGCCUUCCCACGCGUCUCAUAUCUUCCGACGCUGCUCCCCAAGCUGCGAGCUUUCUAUGCGCCCUACUUGAUAGAGCCGAGCUCUCAGCAUAGCGAUGGCUGGUUUGCCUUCGAAGGUGUACCGUUGAAGUGGCACUAUCCUGUUGGCCUUUUGUUUGAUCUCUACGCUGGCGUGGACCCAGCCACCAGGGAUGGCUCUCCUGCUGAAGACUCCGAUGCCUCCCAAUCUGGAGCACUGUGGCGCCUCACCGUCCAUUUUAGCGACUGGCCUGUGGAAGAGCUCGUACGACUAGACAUGGAUGGCAUGGUGAUGAAUGACGCUUUUAUUAAUAGUGUCAAAGAAGCAGAUUUCCUACGAAACGGGACCGCUAAGGGUAUCAUGAGCCUAUCGAAGGAUGAUUCCUCGGGACUGUGGAAAGCUGUUGAGAACGUGGACCUACCCUCCUUUCAACGCAUCUCAAAUACACUCCUCCCGCCACUGUCACAGCCAUUCCGCAAUGUGCCGAUACGAAUAUUCUUACCGCUCCCGCCCGAUGAUGAAUCACCGUCGCUGAAAGUGGUCCAGUCACCCGUUCCACCAUCUGUUGCCGUGUCGAACGUUCAGUCAAGUCAGAUAAUCGGCUCUCGGUCAAGCCCCAGUAUGCAAGCUCAGACCGUGGGAAGUGUUCUGCAUGCGCUACUGCCUAAUUUGUUCCCCAGUCGAAGGAACCCAGUGCUUGCUAGGCCAGUGUUACACGGAGCAGUGCUACCUAUGUCUGCUCCUAUUGAAGAAGUGGUGAGGUGCUCUGCAUAUGGUGAUGGGUGGGCCUAUAUUGUUGUGCGUAUGAUGGGUUGA